UUGCUAGAUCUGUGCUGAAAGAAAAUAAAAUUGUCAACCGUAGACAAAUUGUGGUCAUCCACGUACACGUUAAUGUCAUCACCCUUCACCUUUGCAAUUACCAUCUUACCCUUGAUCAUUCCAUUGUUCCCUCUUUCUAUAUAGAAGGAAAGGAACAGAAAGAAAUUUCCCAAAAUUCAAAAUAUUCUUCCCAAUUUCUUAGUUUCAAAAAUCGAUUCAAUAGAAGCUUCUAGAUCUCUCAUUCACCAUGAAUCCAAACCCUAAUCCUAAUCCUAACCCAAACCCAAACCCUAAUCCUUCAUUAUCAGAUCAUUCUCAUUCUUCGGAUUACGCUCCAUAUCCAAAGCUUGAUCCAAACGACGUCGCUCCGGUAUCUGAUACCUGGACAAAUCCUCAAUCUCACUCAUCAUCUGGUGCAACUACUAUGCCUACGGAGUCUAAUCCCUAUGUUACUCCAGCGUCUGCUCAACAACAACCCGCUGGUUCUUCAGUUAAAGAUGUCCUUGGAAAGUGGGGAAAGAGGGCUGCUGAGGCAACUAACAAGGCACAGGAUCUUGCUGGGAAUAUGUGGCAGCACUUGAAAACAAGCCCCAGUAUGGCUGAUGCUGCUAUGGGAAGAAUUGCUCAUGCCGCAAAGGUCUUGGCAGAGGGUGGUUAUGAGAAAGUCUUCGCGAAAACAUUUGAGAUUCUCCCUGAGGAAAAACUUUUGAACUCAUAUCCAUGCUACUUAUCUACUUCUGCUGGUCCAGUCAUGGGAGUUCUGUAUUUGUCCUCUGCUAAGCUAGCAUUUUGUAGCGAUAAUCCUCUCUCAUACAAAGUUGGUGACAAGACAGAAUAUAGCUACUACAAGGUGGUUCUCCCACUAGAACAACUUAAAGCUGUUAAUCCAUCAACUAGCAAAAUCAAUCCAGCUGAGAAGUACAUCCAGAUUAUCUCGGUUGACAAUCAUGAGUUUUGGUUUAUGGGUUUUGUCAACUAUGAUAGUGCUGUCAAAAAACUUGCAAGCUGCGCUGCCAGUGGUGUGCCAAUUUCUUGAGUAUUUCAGAUGAGGUCCGUGGCAGUUGUGCUUGCUGUUAAUGUAGAUUAAAUCCUGUGAAAUAUGGCAAGUCUGGAUGGGUGAUUGUUGUGUGUGCGCUUGAGUUCGUCUUAUCGGUUCAGUAUCUUGUGUAUCACUCCCUCUUUUUCCUGGAUCCUGUUAUUAGCAUCUUUUAGUAUUUCUAAUUUUCUAUUAGUGGGUUCAAUUGCUAUUUAUACCAUAUGUUCUUGGUAAUUCACUACUGGAUUUGGUCAUUCAUAUAAUACAUAAUGUAUUGUAUAUCAUGGUUCCCACACGAGAUUGAAUGAAGUUAUUCUUCAUA